AAACCAAGCCAAGCGUGUCAUCAAUUCUUUCACAGAUGAUAAAGAAAUAUAUCAUGACAUCUGCCUGGUAAAUCCAGGGCGACAUCAAAGGGAAUAGCUCGCGUGCCUUUAUCGAAGCCCAGCAAACCUGAACUAUAAAACCGACGAACACAACCCCUCCUGAGGGAACUGUAUCCCACUACUACUACAAGAACAACUAACCACCCUCGAUCAACAAUCGUCGAUCCGAUUGCUCAGAGCAGAUUACACCACAACCACAUCUACUCGACUCACAUCGAUCCCAAACAACCCACCACCACGCCCCGAUCCCAAUCCCGGACGGAAAUAAUGUCAACACCAACCCCCAACCCCGCAACAACAACAACAACGAUAACCAGCCCCCCGCGCGUCGGCAUCGCAGUCCUAAUCUUCAACGCAAACAACAAAAUCCUCCUCGGCCAACGCAAAGGCAGCCACGGAGCCGGCACCUGGGCACUACCAGGCGGACACCUGGAACCCGGGGAAACAUGGGAGGCGUGCGCGGAGCGGGAGGUGCGUGAAGAGACGGGGCUGGCGGUGCAAAACGUCUGCUACAUGACGACAACCAACGACCUCAUGACUGGGGAGAACAAGCACUACGUGACAAUCGUGAUGGCGGGCACGCUGCAGCGUGCGGCGGCGGCGGCGGCGGCGGGGGGGACGACCCCUCCCGACCACGACCACGACGUACCGCCGCCCAUCCUCGAGCCCGAGAAGUGCAGCGAGUGGCGCUGGGUCGGUUGGCAUGUGGUGCGCGAUUGGUAUAUCUCGCAGGCGUUCAAGGAAGGGGUGCCCUCGUCGCCGUAUGUGGUGGUUGAGAAUUGGUUGUUCCGGCCGUUGUUUAACCUGAUCGCGCAGCGGGAUUAUCGCGAUGAUCCGAGGCGGAAGUAUGAUGAGAUUAUUCGGGGCAGGAUGCCGAGGUAUUGAUCUUUGAUCUUUUGGAUGAGGUGAUGGAUG